AGGGGAGCAGACACUCAACAGAAUUUCAACCGGUGGAGCUAUAUGCUUAUAAUUCUUUAAGCACAAAUAUCAUAGACAAAAAUAAGUGAAUCGAAUAAAAUCGAAGAGGAUACAACCUAACGAUAGGAUAUACUAUUUUCUUUCUCCUUCUCUGUUUUUAUUUACACCAAUUACUAGAAAAAAACUAAAUGGAUCCUAUACUGGAGGUUGUUAGCUUGCUGCUUGGGUUCAUUGGAUGGUUGAUGGUGGGGAUAGCUAUACCGAACCGUUACUGGAAGGUUUCAACGGAUGACGGGAACGUCAUCACUACCUCCACCAUCUAUGAGAACCUAUGGAUGUCCUGUGCCACAGACUCAACUGGUGUCCACAACUGUCGCGAGUUCCCCUCUCUACUCGCCCUGAACGGAUACAUCCAGGCGUCUCGAGCAUUGAUGAUUGCAGCGAUGGUUUUUGGAUCUAUCGGGCUCCUCGCCACCCUGGUCGGGGUACAGUGUUCUAAAGCGGCCGGAGAGGACAUGGUUCUAAAGGGUAGAAUAGCUGGCGUUGGUGGCGUGCUUUUCUUUCUUCAAGGCCUGUGCACAAUGAUCUCAGUGUCUUGGUAUGCUUUCAACAUCACCCAGGACUUCUUUGAUCCAUUCUAUCCCGGGAUAAAGUAUGAAAUCGGAGAGGGCCUCUACAUUGGCUGGUGCUCGGCUCUUCUUGCUAUCAUUGGAGGGUCGUGUUUGACAUGUGCCUGCAAACUGGGCACGUCUGAGAAACAACCUUAUGCAUACCAGCCCAGGGGCAUAGUGUCCUCUGGAGUUGCACCAUCACGGAGUCAGGCUGCCACUUCCUACGGCCAGAACGCCUAUGUCUGAGAAAGAGAGAGGGCACACCACUGGACCCUGUGGAUCACCUUCAUUCACCAUGUCCGAAGCCUACCAGACACUGUUAAACUAACAUUUUCUUAUUUAUUCUAUUUUAUUCCAUGAUAUUGUUGUUACAAAACAGAUUUGUGUUGACGGUGCUAAGGGCAUGGGAAUACAAGAGCAUCUGCUAUGCUAGAUUAACAAACUAGGCAUGCAUAGCUCACCCCAUGAUCCUCAAACCAAAGACUAGCCAAACUCAUGUUUCUAAAAGUGAAUUCAAAGGUACUGUAAAAUGACUGCACUGUAGAAUACGUCAUUUUUUGUUUUAUUAUUAUUUAAUUGUAAGGCAUUAUUUAUUGUAUACAGCCUAAAUGCUAAAUGUAUAGGCUUGUUGUUGAAGUGCUGUUGUUGAUGUGUUGUUGAAAUGCUGAGCACCUGUAGCAUGUCACAAAUGCUUCACAAUAGAUUUUUUUAAACGGCAGGCUAUAGCCUUGAAAUAAUAGUAAUAUAGCCUAAAGAAGACAUUUUUGUUCUUUCUUAGGCUACCUGGCUUGCUUCUGACUGAUUUAGAGUUAGUAUGUCGUUUAAUAGCCUGUUGAAAUGUCGAACGUCAAUUGAUAGUGACAGAAUCACACAUUCCUUCCCAAGCAAAGUCAUUUUUUUGUCUUCUCGGGUAUAGAAGGUUGUAGCGCAGCCUUUGAAUGUCAUAGCGAUAAACCAAAGAUAUCCCAUAUGCAUCGGAGUCACGUCUUACCCCUGCAUUUUACAGGUUGUUUCUAGCAUAAAGCAUUGCGGACUAAAGAGUUGUUAUACAUAGAUUGCUUUAUAUAAUCAGGUCCAUUAAAAUCUAAAUCUUAAAA